AUUGGUUGUUAGGAUAAAAAAAUAUAUCAAUAGACAAAAAAUAAAAAUAAAAUCAGAUUAACCAUAACAGGGGGAAGUAGAAUAAAAUAAAAUAUGGAAUAUAAACUUCUUGAAAAUAUACAGACUAUUUACAUUUUGCAAUAGUGACCAGAUAUAUUACAAUCAGAGAAUAUAUUUACAUGUGCAAAAUGAUAAUGGUGUGAGAAUACAUGUGCAGCUGUAUACAGGCAGAUACAGUACUUUCAUAUGUAUAUAAUAAACUAUAUGGGGUGUCGUACGAUCAGCUAUUUAAAAGUCUAAUGGCUGUGGGAAAGAAAGAGUUCUUUAAUCUUACUGUCUUGCAUUUCACACUUCUAUACCUCCGACCUGAAGGUAGAAGCGUAAAUAGACCAUGUUGGGGUUGAGUGGAGUCUUUGAUGAUAGAGGCAGCUCUCCUGCAGACUCUGCGAUGCUAGAAGCUCUACAGAGAGGGUUGUGCCAUCCUAGUGAUUUUUGUGGCGGUCUUCACCACACUCUGCAGAGGGUCCUUCAUAGUAGCAUUGCCGUACCACACUGUAAUGCAGCUGGUCAGGAUGGACUCUAUGAUGCCGCGGUAGAAGUUGCAGAGGAUGUUCGGUGACAUACCAAAUGUCCUCAGCCUCCUCAAGAAGUACAGCUGGUGCUGGGCCCUCUUUAGCAGCAACGUGGUGUUCUGUGUCCAGGUGAGGUCAUCACUGAUGUGGACCCCUAGGUACUUAAAACUGUUUACCUUCUGGAUAAACAGUGGCUGAUGAGGUCUCCUCUCCUUCCUCGUGUCCACUAUCAUCUCCUUGGUCUUGUUUGUGUUGAGGGUAAGGUUGCUGCCCACACACCACGCCACCAAACUGUUCACCUCCCUCCUGUAAUCUGCUUCGUCUCCGCCAUCACAAUGAUGUCGUCGGCAAACUUCAAGAUGAUGUUGUCAUGAUGGGUGAACAAGGUGUAGAGGGCAGGGCUGAGGACAGAGCCCUGCGGGGUUCCAAUACUGCUAAUAAUGCUGGCAGACGUCCUGUUUCCAAUCCUGACACACUGAGGCCUGCCAGUCAAGAAGUUCAAAAGCCAGUCACAUAGAGUGGAAUGUAGUCUGAGAGAUGACAGUUUAUGGGUGAGUUUGUGAGGAAUAAACGUGUUGAAGGCGGAACUGUAGUCGAUGAAGAGUAUCCUGAUAUAGGAACCUUUAUUUUCCAAAUGUGAAAGGGACAAAUGAAGGGCGGCGGCGAUGACAUCCGAGGUGGACCUUUCGGCCCUAUAAGCGUAUUGCAGGGGGUCUGUGGGGUCCGGUAUCCUGCUCUGAAUGUAGGACAGCAACACUCUCUUGAAGCACUUCAUGAUGAUUGGAGUGAGUGCUCUUGGUCUGCAGUCAUUCAGGCAGGAUGGGGGGGUUCUUCGUUAGUAAGGGAACGAUAGUGGUGGUCUUAUAACAUGUGGGGAUGGUGCAAUGUCUGAGGAAUAGGUUGAAAACGGUAGUAAGAACAUCAGCCAACUCGUUAACACAUGCUCUGAGGGCCCGCCCAGGAAUGUUGUCAGGUCCUGCAGCUUUGCGGGGGUUGAUCCUCCUGAGGGCUUUGUGUACCUGGGCUGAUGAGACAACUAGUGGAAGGGAGAAGGGUUGAGUAAUGGGAGUGUGUGCUCUAUGGGGGUGGUUGUGGUCUCAAAGCGAGUGUAAAAACGCGUUGAGGUCAUCCGGAAGGCUUUCUGAGGAGCUAACAGUUUUGUCGGGCCUGGACCUAAGAUCUGUGAUUUGUUCCAGACAUUGCCACAUAUGCCUGGGUGCACAAUGUUUUAAAGAUGAUGGAAUCAGAUUAACAAAAAUAUAAAGCUUCUAUUUUUUAACAACUAAAUGAAUAACAUAAUUACAAAACAAUAAAUUCAGGCAGAGGAAACACCUUUCCAAAAAAGACUUUUUCAACAUAAAACGUUUGAAUACUUACAGCAGGUAAGGUAGAACAGGGUAAAAACGUCCUGUAAACAGUAUAUACUGUUUCCUGUUUCCUUACCUUUUAACAUAAAGUGUGUGGGUGACUGUUUCUGAUGCAUUGCUGGUUAAAAUAUGUUUUUACACAUACAUCUUUUUUUCUUCAAAAACGUUCCUCAAGUAAAUGUAACUGAGUAAAUAUAACUAAUUACUAUCCACCUCUGGUUAUAUAACUGGGAGGAAGCAGCUGCUCUCCAUGUCAACAGAGAUGGGCGUGUAAUGGUCACGUCAGAGUAACCUUUGAUUUAACCACCAUUUUCAUGGCACACAGCAGGCCAAAAUGAGUAAAUUUGAUUUUAAUUUAGUAAAAAAAAUCAACGGACCAAGUAGUUUCAAGUCGUUGGACCAAGGCUGCGGUGAAGUUAGUUCCCGUCCCAGAGAGCCGAAGGCAUGAAUACGGACUCGGAGGAGCAGGAAGACGAGCUGCUCGCCCUGAAAAGCAUCUAUGAUUCAAAAGAGUUUAUCCGGGACGGGACGAAGUCUGCCGGAGAAAUCCGAGUGUCUGUUGAGCUUCCUGCUGACUUCAAUGUGGUUCUGAGUUAUGGUGAAACUAUAAGGCAAUACGAUGUUUCUUUCCUCCCACCGCUGCUUCUGACCUUUGAACUCCCGGCAGACUACCCGUCCUCCUCCCCUCCCCACUUCACUCUCACCUGCAGCUGGCUGAGUGACGCACAGCUAGCUUCACUGAGUGAUCAGCUCACGGAUCUCUACCAGGCCACUGGGGGCGCUGUGGUGCUCUUCUCCUGGAUACAGUUUCUGAGAGAGGAUGCCCUGAAGCACCUGGACAUCCACACUCUGCUGAAGCUUCCCUCUGAUCAGUCUAAAACUCCUCAAGUUAAUCAGGACAAGCAAGAUUCAGGGCUUUCAGUAGUAGAUAAUGAUGAACCCUCUUAUCAUGUGUCAUCAGACCUGCUUGUUUCAUCUCGAGAUGCUGCACACGGUUCAGACUUGACAGAUCUGUCUUCAGCUGCAGCCAAAUUUGAUCUUAAUUCAUUUUCUGAGUCUUUUUUAAACAGUCAAAGAAAUGUUCCAAGUAAAGCAAAUAUUUAUUCUUCAGUAUAUCUUCCUACAAGCUCCUCAAACCCACUAAAUCCAAGCGUGAAAGAACCACAUUAUUUACCAAUCCAAUCCACAUAUAUCCCUCCAAACAAAGACCACAGUUACUCGGGUCUCUCUUUAACUCCAUCUCAGAUGCUCCUGUCCCAGAUCUUGAUCCAUGACGCAGAGCAGAAACAGAAGAUGUUUGCCUCCACGCUGUUUGACUGUGGUGUUUGUUUCACAAGUUGGCUCGGGUCAGAGUGUCUGCAGCUGUACGAGUGUGGCCACAUUUUCUGCCGGGCCUGUCUCAGUGAGUUCUGUAAAGUCCAGAUUACAGAGGGGGAUGUCCGGGGCAUCACCUGUCCUCAGCUGGACUGCACUGUCACACUGACCCCUGCACAGGUGAAAGGUCUUGUAGGCGAGAAGAUGUUCAGCAGAUAUGAUCGCCUCCUUCUACAGUCCACUCUGGACUCCAUGUCUGAUGUGACUUACUGUCCUCGGCCUCCUUGCGGUUCAGUCGUCAUUCUGGAGAAGACCAGUACCUUAGCGCUUUGCUCUGUCUGCAGUUUUGCCUUCUGUGUAAACUGCAAAAAGACCUACCAUGGAACAAAUAAAUGUUCAGAGAUAACAAAUGAGACCGAUGAAGACUUAGAUCAAGCCCUGCCAAAAUCAGAAGAGGGGGUUAGGGUUCUCCUGGAGGAUUAUACGAGUGGCAGUAAGCAGAGACAGCACCUUCUGGAGCUCAGAUAUGGACGCAAUGUGAUGCUGGGGCCUGUGGAGUUUCGCAUGAGUGAGAAAUGGAUUGAUAGCAAUACCCAAGCCUGUCCUCACUGCUUCUGCAAAAUACAGAAGGACGGUGGAUGUGAUGUCAUCUGUUGCACUCGAUGCGGGCGUCAUUUCCACUGGUUGUGACUGGGAACACCAACGUUAGAUGGCCCCUUCUUCUCAGUCACUCUACAUGCUCCUUCAAACACUUUUAUCCCAGACCAACUGCCAGGAGGGAAAUGGAAACAACAAGCUAAAAAUUUUUACUUUAUAGACAUAACUGAAAAAAAGUUUUGAUAAAAAUGUACAAAUCAUA